GACACUAUAAAAGCAUCUCAGGUCCCCCAGGUCCUCUCCAUCACCCAGUGUCGUACAGCUGUGAGACGCGAGCUUUUCGCCUGCACAGCACAAUCACUGGGCUUCUGAAAAUUAGCGCUUUCUUCUUUCUUAUAGACUCGCCUAGCAGCCUGUAGCUUUCUUCAUCCAUUCCAAAUCAGAUCAGAUCAGAUCAGAUCAAUACUCUUCAGUACUCCUUUUUGCACAGUUCUUCGAACAGUCUUCCAUUUUCAGCAAUGGGGAAUUCUACAGGCUCCACUGUGGACGAUCUUCAGGCUGUGGAGAUGCACUUGUGGUACAAGAAGUUCAUGACUGAGUGUCCAUCAGGUCAGCUCACGCUGCACGAGUUUAAGCAGUUUUUCGGGCUGCGGGGACUGGACCCCGAGGCUAAUGCUUACAUAGAACAGAUGUUUCGCACUUUCGACAUGAACAAGGACGGUUAUAUAGACUUCAUGGAGUACGUGGCAGCUUUGAGUCUGGUGAUGCGAGGCAAGAUGGAGCACAAACUGCGGUGGUACUUCAGACUGUAUGAUGUUGAUGGCAACGGCUGCAUUGACAGACACGAGCUGCUCAAUAUCAUAAAGGCCAUCCGUGCCAUUAACGGCAGUGAUGCGCAGGAUCUGACUGCUGAAGAGUUCACAAACCGCGUGUUCGACAGGAUAGAUGUUAAUGGGGAUGGCGAGCUGUCUCUGGAAGAGUUUGUAGAAGGAGCGCGGAGUGAUGAUGACUUCAUGGAGGUGAUGGUGAAGAGUCUGGAUCUCACUCACAUUGUCGCCAUGAUCCACAACCGCAGGCACAGCAUAUAAAAAACAUCUUUCAAACCAAAAUGCUCCUCUAUGCCUACAACUCUGAAUGAACCAGCUCAAAAGAGCAACAGUCAUUGAAUGGUUACCUAGGUUACAACUCUUACUCAAUAGAACAACAAUUGUUUAAGUCCAACAGUUGGACUAGCUCAAAAGAGGAACAGUUGUCUAAUUGUUGGGCAACAGUUUUUAGAGUUGUCAUAAAUAACAAUCAUUUAACUGAACUGCACUAUCAGUAACACCUUGUCAUGCACAAAUCAAUGAAUCACAGGCUUAUAAUUCUUGCUUAUUUGUUUCCAAAUAAGAAGUACACAAACAGCGUUCAAGAGCUGGGAGCUGACACCACAUUGAGUUUACUGACUGUCUCCCAGAAAAUAGCCUGUCAGCAGAGCCACAAAUGCUACGGUUGUGUGGGAAAAGAGUCAUGUAUUAAUGUGGAUUGGUCCAUCAACUUGCUUUUGAAUAUUGAUCAUUGUACUUUGGGCCAAACUUCUUUUAGUGAACCUUUUAUGUAUAUAUGUCUAUAAUUUAUAUGAUUAUGACAGCUAUUUUAGCUUAUAGCUAUGAUAUUUAGCAACAAAAAGAAAAUACAAGCUCAGGUCAAGAAUGUUUACAUCUGUAAAGGGAGCCUAAAAGGUACCUAUAUGUUAGAAAUGACACUCUAUAAACAUUCUGCAGUUUAUCAACCCAUAUAAGAGUGGUGUACAUUUUGAGUAAUGGAUGUGUUUUUUUUUUUUAGCCCCAAUGUCCAUUCAGUAAAGCAAAGCUAGUCACAGCACGUUGUGUGCCUUCUGUAAUAGGACUGCAGGACAUUUCAGUUUGUUGUUGAUCUGCUUCUGCUUUUUAUUUCUCUAAUAAAUC